CCACAGCUCGACAUGCUGGCAAAUGAGAUGAAUACUUUAUAGCGGUCGCCCUCUAUGCAACACUUAGAGUUGUGUCCCUUGUAUUUACGGAAAUGUGUUUGGUGGAUUAAUUGACAAGCUAUGUAGAACAAGUAGUGUGGUCACAACAUGGAGCGGCCGGUAAUUUCCUACCUGCAGAAAUUAGUGCUAUACGAAACCAAGGCUCGUUUCUACAUUGUUGGCUCCAACAAGACAGAGACCAAGUUCCGUGUGCUGAAGAUAGACCGGACAGAGCCAAGAGAGCUAGUUGUUAAUGAUGAUAAGGUUGAGUACAGUAAGACAGAGAUUCGGAAUAUCCUGACGAUGAUCAACGUUGGGAACCAAACCCCCAUGGCCAGACGAGGAGGGGUGGGACUCACCAAGACAGUCUCUGCGUUCGGUAUUGUCGGGUUCAUCCGCUUCCUGGAAGGCUACUAUGUGAUUCUGGUCACCAAGCGCCGCAAGGUGGCGCUGAUUGGUCCUCACACUAUCUACAAGAUCGAGGACACAUCGAUGCUGUACAUCCCCAACGAUACAGUCAGGUUCUUCCACCCGGAGGAGAGCAGAUAUGUGCGGAUGUUUCAGAAUGUUGACUUGUCAAGUAACUUCUACUUCAGCUACAGCUAUGACUUGACCCACACCCUGCAGUACAACAUGACCCCGAGCCUUGACCCAGGUCACCAGCCUCCCUUUGAAUCCAUGCCGUCUCCAGCAGCCAGCAAUCAGGAGUUUCUAGAAGACAUAGUGGCACGGGUGCGCUCCCCCCGCCCCCCGGGAAUGUCCACCCCUACUGAGGAUGGGGCAGCACUUCGGGACAUGAACUACAUUCCAAGGAGCAAUCACAUGGAUCAGUCCAUAGAGAGCAGCCCCAAACCUGGAGAUGAGACAGUGUAUGGAGUUCGCAACAAGCCAUGUGAGAAGUUUGUAUGGAACAGGCACCUGCUAACUGGGGUGAUGGAGGUAGUUCACCCUGACUGGAUCAUCUACUUCACCAAUGGGUUUGUGGGGCAGUCCAAUGUCAAUGUGUAUGGCAAGCCCAUAUACCUCACUCUGAUUGGUCGACGAUCCAACCAGUACGCCGGCACCAGGUUUCUCAAGAGAGGUGCCAACUCGGAGGGUGGUGUAGCCAAUGAGAUUGAGACUGAGCAGAUAGUCCAUGAUGCAUCGGUGACCUUCCUAGAACAUGGCAAGGUCACGUCCUUCACCCAGAUGCGUGGCUCUAUCCCGUUGUUCUGGUCACAGGACAUAGCCAAGAUGGUCCCCAAACCUCCCAUCAUGUUGGACAAGCGAGACCCCUUCGCCCAUGCAGCUGGCCUUCACUUCAACCAGGUGCUCCAGAGAAGUGGGGCGCCUAUCAUUGUCCUCAAUCUAGUCAAGACCAGAGAGAAGAAAAGGCAUGAGUCGAUCCUGAGUGAAGAAUUCAUAGACACAAUAAACUACCUGAACCAGUUCCUGCCGCCCGACCACACCAUCCAGUACAUCGGCUUUGACAUGGCCAGGGUCAACAAGAGGAAGGACACCGAUGUGCUGGUCCGCCUCGCCAAGAUAGCCAAGUACUGCCUCAAACAGACUGGCUUCUUCCUCAGCAUGCCCCCGGCCCAGGCACAGGUAGUCCUCAAGGACGAGGAGUUCAAGGGUAUUCAAGGUCACCGCUCAGCAACUGGUUUACGCCAGACUGGCAUCGUAAGGACGAACUGUGUGGACUGUCUUGACAGAACCAACACAGCCCAGUUUGCAGUUGGGCGUUGUGCCAUGGCAUAUCAACUAUAUGCCUUGAAUGUGAUUGACAAACCCCACUUGGAGUUCGACACCGACUGUCUAAGGAUGCUAGAGGAUCUGUACGAGGAUCACGGCGACACAAUGGCACUGCAGUACGGGGGUUCACAGCUUGUGCAUCGAAUCAAGGGCUACCGCAAGAUCUCACCCUGGACUUCCCACUCCAGGGACAUCAUGCAGACACUGUCCCGUUACUAUAGCAACGCCUUUUCAGACCUGGAGAAGCAGCAGGCCUACAAUCUGUUCCUGGGUGUGUUUGAGCCGAAGGACGGGGAUCUGAACCUGUGGGAACUGCCGACAGACUACUACCUGCACAACCGGAAUGCCCUCACCUUCACCCGGCUCAAACACAGGAGCUAUUCUCAAUGGUGGGAACUUCCUGUGUGUCAUAGUCUACCACUCUCAUCGGAGGAAGAAUCUAAGUCCUCAACCAUCGACCUGCUGCCAGUCACUAAGGGCGAGAAGGACGAGAGAGUAAACGCCUUCUUCGAGUACUAUCGGCCAUUCGAGCUCACUUCACUUGACGAUCACUACUGCAUGUCCAUGACAAGCUCCAUCAAAGACUUCAUGCCCAAGGGAGCAAGUGAUCCAAGUCCGUUCCACCUUGCGGCGCAUCGCUGCUGCUACCGCCAACCCAGCCCAGCAGGACAAGAGCGGAGUGGCCACAUUCCAUCGCAACCAAAGCAGCACACAACUUGCCUUCAUUACCAGGAUCACAUUGUUGGAAGGGGGUCAUUGUUCUCAGGUGUUGCAUUCUGGUACUUGGUUUGUAGACAGGAAGCUAAUCCCAAUAUUUCGGGCAAGGACUCAACAUCGUCCAUAACCUCUCAGGGGUCAGAGGGCAGCACGAGCAGCACUGACGACUCGGACAUGGAAGGUGACGUCAACCUCGGCUCAGACUCAUCAAGUCCAUACGAUUCAGAGUCAGAAUCUAACUAUGUAUCAUUCAAGGAUCUGUUCCCGUCCAUGAAGAAAGUGUACAACACAGACAUCACUGACCUCAACAAGAGAGACAAGAAGCUGUACGAGAGGUACGUGGAGAUCCAACAGGGUUUCAGGGAGCCGAAGACAAGUGCCCCCGACCAGUCCACCGUCUGUAUCAAGCAGAGCCGGGUCAAGCCAGGCUUGGAUAUCUACCCAAUCAGUGCAUUCAAGCUGGACAGUACAUACGGCGUGGAACCACCACCGGUCAGCCGGCUGUCUCAGGACAUCUACACAGCCUACGUGCAACGUGGGCAGCAUGGCGCCGGCCCACCCACUAAAGCUGAUAAAAUAACAUAUGCUAAAUAUGUCAGCCAUAAGUAUAUGUAAUGGGGAUGUUGGUGUGAACACAUGAACCAUGUUUCAGAGUUGUCAGUUUGAAGAGGUUCGGUGGCCACACAAAGCAUCAGACUCGGGAUGAUGAUAACAAGGUCAAGGUCAACUCUCACAAAUACAUAGUCAUGAAGCACCAUGUGUGAUGAGGGGAGGAGAGCUAUGGAGUUGUUAAAGUGUUCAUCAGUUUCAUGUCCGCUUCCAGUGCAGAACGGAGAUAAUGGCUGUGUGUGUUACCAACAGUCAACAUAGUGGCAGGUUGUGAUGACAGUUUUCUUCCAUCUUGGAGUAUGAAGCUGGUUAAAGAUGCAUUGCUUGUCUUACUAACACAUAAUUCAAUGCA